AUGGAAGUUAACUGUUGGGUUAGCAAGGAUGACACGACAAGCGACCAGACUCUCACCCAUAUGGGUGGCUACUUUGCAGUCAACAAUGCUCUCUGGCAUUUCAAGCAAGAGUUCAUUGAGAGAGAGUUUCCUGCCUACCAAUCGGUUACUCUGAUUGCAAACGCCGAACCGAUCGAUUCCACGAAUUCGAAAUCCCAUAACCAGCGAGAACAAGGAAGCGAUGCCAAAAUUCAUCUCAAUCUACGUAACACUGCGAUAAAAGUGUUCCUCGACAAUACCAUCGUUUCGAUUGUUAAUACAUUUCUCUUUGUCAUCUUCAUGAACUUCAUGAAAAGCUCCAUGGGCAGUUCUCAGAUCGAACCAACACAAAUCACUAUUUCCGAUGGGGUAGCACAUUAUGGUAUCAGCACUGAUAUAUACCAGCAAUUCGUCUCUCUUUUGAUAGCCGGGUGGAGGUUCUGGCCAAUAGUCAGUUUGAUCAACUUUGCCCUGUUGAAGAGCGCGCAAGGGCGCAAUCUGAUGAGUGGGUUAGCUGGCUUGGUUUGGGGGGUCUAUGUUAGCAUUCAUAUCGCCUAG